CUAAUACCAACUAUUCCCUCUACGACUACCUAUUUGUAUACCUUUAUUGCUACCAUUUAAACUCUGUUAACCAUGUCUGUUGACUCGCGUACGCUCAGCGUGACAAAGUACCAGUGCUUCUGUGCCAUGAUGGCUGCCCUGGGCAGUGUCAACUUUGGCUGGAACAUUGGUGUCAUCAACAUUCCCGGCGACGUUAUCUCCAACUGUGUGACUGGCGAGAAGCACUACAACGGACCCUUCCCCUCGUGUAUCCCGACCGAGUCCACCAUCUGGGGUGUGGCUGUCGGCUGCUUUGCUAUCGGUGCUCUGAUCGGCACCAUUGCCGGCAACCCUAUCUCCGACCGGUACGGCCGCAAGUUCGUGCUCACCUGGGGCCCGCUGCUUGCCCUGGUCGGCGGUGUCCUUCUCUCGACCACCACAUCUCUGGGCCAGCUGAUUGUCGGCCGUCUGUUUGUCGGUUUCGCUGCUGGCUUCUGUAACGGUGCCCUGUCAGUCUAUGUCGGCGAAAUCACCACUCCCAAGGCUCGCGAUAUCCUCGGCGGAACCCUCCAGCUGGCCACCAACGUGGGUAUUCUGCUGGCCAACGCCGUCUCGCUCGGCCUCGCCAAGCCCCCUCUGUGGCGCAUCCUAUUCGGUAUCACUGGUGUCAUUGGCGUUGCCACCACCCUGCUGUUCCCCAUCUGUGUCGAGUCGCCCAAGUGGCUCGUCUCUCGUGGCCGCGUCGAGGAGGCCCGUGCUGCUCUGAUUAAGCUGCGCAAGGGCGCUGACAUCGAGCAGGAGCUUCAGGACAUGGUUGACGACGAUGCCAAGGCACAGGCUCGCGCUGAAGAGGCCCCCAAGGUGAAUGUCAUGGAUCUCAUUCUUGGCCGCACUCCCGACAACCUCCGCCACCAGUUCAUCGUUGUCUGUAUGCUCAUGUUCUUCCAGCAGAUGUCCGGUAUCAAUGCUGUCAUUUUCUACUCGACCCAGAUCUUCAACCGAACCACCAAGGACGACCCGUCGCAGAUCCCGACCACUGCCCAGAUCCUGUCGUGCGUCAUUUCGAUUGUUGCUGCCAUUUUCACGUUCGUCGGCAUGCUGUUGGGCGCUCGCUUCGGCCGUCGUACCCUGAUGCUGCUGUCGCACGGUACCAUGGCCCUCUUCUCGAUGCUGAUGGCUGUUGGCUCCAUCAAGGGCAUUGACGGCCUUGUCAUCACCAUGGUCUUCCUGUACAACGUGUUCUUCAACUUUGGUGUCGGUCCCCUGCCCUGGGCUGCUGCUGCCGAGAUGACCCCGGCCUACGCCAUGUCGGCCAUGGCUGCCAUUGGCGGUGCUGUCAAUUACCUGUUCACCUUCGCUAUCGGUGUCUACUUCUCGCCGAUGCAGGAGGCUAUGGGCGACUACACCUUCUUCUUCUUCAUGGGCUUCAACAUCGCCGCCUUUGUCUUCUGCUUCUUCUUCCUGCCUGAGACCAAGGGGCUCAAGGUCGAGGAUGUUGUCGCUGUCCAUUCGGUUGGGCUCCACUGUGUCCUCGGUAGCCGCUACCAGAUCCGCGCCUCCAAAGACAACGACGAUUCCGAGAAGGCUGAGUACGCCUAAAUUAAUCCUUUCUUUCUGCUAUCUACUCAAUCCGCUUCUCUCUUGUCUCAGCUUUAAUUAAAACAGUCUCACUUUCAAAAAGAAAAAUUAAUUCUGAG